AUGGCUGCAGUCGCUGAGAACGGACCUGUACCGGUAAACGACGAGAACACCGCUCCCGUCGCCGCCACCGAGCAGAAUGAGAAGACCGAGCAGACAAAUGGCGACACUGUCACAGUGUUCCACGACCCCGAGAACUUCAACGUGAAGCAUCCUCUCAUGCACGAAUGGACACUCUGGUUCACUAAGCCUCCCAGUGGCAAGGGAGAUAACUGGAACGAUCUGCUGAAGGAAGUCGUGACAUUCAACUCGGUGGAGGAGUUCUGGGGUAUCUAUAACAACAUCUCGCCCACUUCUGAGUUGGGCCUCAAGGCAGACUACCAUCUUUUCAAGAAGGGCAUCAGACCCGAAUGGGAAGACCCCCAGAACAAGCACGGUGGCAAGUGGUCAUACCAGUUUAAGGACAAGCGCUCGGUACCUAUUGAUGAUCUCUGGCUGCACGCCCAACUGGCAGCUAUCGGUGAGACUCUCGAGAACGAUGGCGACAGUGAGGUUAUGGGUGUUGUUGUGAACGUGCGUAAGGGCUUCUAUCGUGUCGGUCUAUGGACACGGACGGUUGGCAAGAGCAUUCCCGGAGACAAGAACGGCCGGACGCCCGCUCAAGGCAAGGAAAUUCUCGAAAACAUUGGUCGGCGCUUCAAGGAGGUUCUGCGCCUCAAGGAAGCGGAUGUUGUCGAAUUCUCGGGCCACACGGAUAGUGCACACAGCGGUAGCACCAGAGCCAAGGCGAAGUACACUGUCUAA